GUCCCUCACACAAACCCCUCGAAAAAGCACGAGAGGGACCGACUUGGAUAUAGUAGGACUGCUGGGAGUCACGCCCCACAGUCUUGGUGAUCGGACUUUGGAGGAAAGAUUGCCACCAUGGCAGCGGCGACUGCGGGUAAGUAAAGGAAGUCGUUGUGGGCUGCCUGCAACGCUUUUCACCAUUUCCUUCUGCCACCAUGAUGCACCAACAUGCCUCCUCUGAGCCUCAUCCCCGGUCUCUCCAGAUAUCUGACAUCGCUUCUUCCCUUCGCAGGCUACGAGUGGAACCGCUCUUCGCCGCUGCGCUCCUCGCCCGACACGUCAUCCUCCAUGUACCCCGACCGGCCCAUUCGCCCUCUGCCCGCCCGUUCUCUGCGCGCCCGCUUGUCCCCCGAGCAGGCCGAGACGAUUGUUUACCCGCACAACCCGCCUUCUACGGGGCCGCUCUUCAACUAUCCGCCAUACACGGCCGAUGAGCGCGUCAGACCUCACAGGACUGGGGCCAACGACCACCACGCCUGUCAUUGUGGCCACACUCAUUCCGAGGUCGAGAGCGAGGAGGAAGAGGACGACCGAAACGGACCGCUGCCGUCGUCCCCGAGCUAUCAGUACAGCAGACAAGCGUCGGGCAAGCCGGCAGCGGGUGCGACUGGUGCAUAUCGCAAGCCAGGUUCGCCUGCGUCUUCGGUAGAUGGCUACGAGUCAUUCGAGAACACGAACAACAAGAAGAAGCGCAAAAUCCCCAACAUGGGUAGCAACGGGUCACACCACGCGAGCCUCUCCGCGGACCUGACUAGCAUGGGUGUCGCACCAGUUCACGAGGCAGGCGCCAUGGACGAUGGGGAUGGCAUCGCGCGUUACUACGGCUCGGCGCCCUCGACACCCCAACACGCGACAAGUUCUGGAACGGGCAUCUCAGGCGCAGGCAGAGGACGUUUCGGCCGAUCUGGCUCGGGACGGUCAGAACGGCGAGUGUUGGCCAGUUCGACCAAUCUCGCCAACGCCAAAGGGAGCAGCAAACGACCUCCGGAGCAAAGCGGCAUCAUCUCCACUGCUAUUGCCAACGCAAACGCGACCCCGCCACCCCCGGGCAACGAAAACGUGAGCCUUCUGCAGCAGGAAGCCGCCAAGCAUACUGCUAGCAAGACCCAAUUCACUUUCACCUGCGGCUCUGACUCGGCCAACAAGAUGGUCUGGCCGGGCCAGGAAAACGGCCAGUACCCCCAACCGCCUGGCGCAUACCCCAAUGCCGCUGCCUCUCCUUCACCCCACCCUCAAGCUGCCCGCUCACGCCCCCCCGUGCGCGCCGAUGCGCCCAUGGUGUCCACCCAGGGCACUCAGACCAGCCCCAACAUGAACGGAGCAGGUGCAUACCCCCCACCGCCCCUGCCCAAUGGGACUGCACGACGUCCGACCGGACCUCCACCACCCCAACAGGCACCGCCGCCUCGAAAGCCGCGACGUAGCGCCUCAAAGCUGUAUGAGUAUGCUGCCCGCAAGCGUCGCAUUCAGCAAGAGUAUGCCAACUUCCACAACCCGCCAAGUCAGCCGUGGAUAUGCGAAUUCUGCGAGUACGAGGACAUAUUUGGCCAUCCUCCCAUGGCUCUGAUCAGGCAGUACGAGAUCAAGGACAGGAAGGAGCGCAAGCGUCUGGCAGAGAAGCGGCGGCUGUUGGAGAAGGCCAGGAUGAAGGGGCGCAAGGGCAAGAAGGCGAGCAAGAAGGCACAAAACAAUGCCAACAACGCUCAGCACAACCAAAACCCUCCGCCUGGCGGCUACGAUCGGCGUGACGAUGAAGGGUCGCUGGAUCCACAGGACGAGUACUACGACGACGAUUACGACGAACCGAUAGCUACUUGCCCACAUGGCUGCCAGCAUCACCCGCAUCCUCCCCAUCCACACCCGCACAAAGUUCCAGGUUUGCCCCCUGGGGACCCUCGGGUGGGAGGGCCGCCUGUUGCCAAUGGCAUCUAGCAACCGGACGAGACGGGGUGGGCCGUCUGUGUUCUUGCAUUGAGUCUUCUUGUACUGUCUUUUCGUGCCGCCUUUAUGGUUGGAGUUGUUGCAGCUGUUGCUCGGGUGUCUAGACGCGGUGUCAAACGGAUCUUCGAGAUGACAGGGGGCUAGCGCAUUCGAUCAACCACAUUUUCCCCUGCCCGCGGCCUGACGCCCUUGCCGAGCACACUCAGCAAUAUUCCCCUAAAGGCACACUGUUCCAUUUUGUUUGCAGCGUUCUAGCGUCGUUUUCCAGCAUUGUUUCCCCAGCACUUCCCCGGAGUCAUUGGCCCUUUGGUCGUUUCCCACUUUACACCACCCGAUCACGACUCGCUCCUAACCCCCUCACCUUCACUACAUAUCAUGAACAUAUAACCAUACAUAAA